CUCUUCAAUAGUUAAUCAUCGUAAUCGUCGAUUUUUUGCCAGUCAAGUCAAUAAUGCAAAUAAAGAAAAAUUGAUAAUUUUUGACACAACUUUACGUGAUGGUGAACAGUCACCAGGUGUUACUUUUACUACAGAAGAAAAAAUUGAUAUUGCUAAACAUUUAUCAAGUCUUGGCGUUGAUGUUAUUGAAGCUGGUUUUCCGGUUGCUUCACCAGGAGAUUUUGAAGCAGUUGCUCGGAUAGCAAAAGAAGUUGGUCCAUUAAUGCAAGGUCGAGAGAAUAUCGGAAAACCAGUGACGAUCACUGGACUUGCGCGUGCAAAAGAAAAGGAUAUUAAACGAUCUGUAAAAUAUGCAAAAAGUCUUUGUGAUGAUGUUGAAUUUAGUGCCGAAGAUGGCGGCAGAAGUGAUAAAGAUUUUCUAUGUAAAUUGUUGGGUAAGGUGAUCGAGUCAGGCGCAACUACCUUAAAUAUUCCUGAUACAGUUGGUUAUACUAAUCCUGAAGAAUAUGGCGCUUUAAUUAGAUAUCUGAUUGAAAACACUCCUGGUUCAGAUAAGGCAAUAUGGUCAACACAUUGUCAUAACGAUUUAGGUCUAGCUACUGCUAACACUUUAUCAGGAGUGCUUAAUGGUGCAAGACAGGUUGAAGUAACUAUUAAUGGCAUUGGUGAACGUGCAGGUAAUACUUCACUUGAAGAAAUAGCAAUGAAUAUACGAACACAUCCAGACUUUUAUCCAGUUUAUCAUUCAAUCAACACACAACAAAUUUAUCGUACAUCAAUUUUAGUCUCAUCUCAUUCCGGAAUGUUAGUGCAACCCAAUAAAGCAAUAGUUGGAGCAAAUGCAUUUCUUCACGAAUCUGGAAUCCAUCAAGAUGGUGUUCUCAAAAAUAAGUCAACGUAUGAAAUUAUGAAACCGGAAGAUGUUGGUGUGUCUGACACGAAAUUAGUGUUGGGUAAAUUGUCGGGACGUAAUGCUUUUCGAUCACGUAUCGAUGAAUUAGGAUAUGGUGACAUGAGUGAAGAGCAAGUUAAUAAUGCAUUUGAACAAUUUAAAGUAUUAGCUGAUUCGAAAAAAAAAGUUACAGAAGAUGAUCUUUUUGCUUUGUUGUCAGAUCAAAUUUCCUCAGGAACAGCUCCUGAGUCACAUCGAUUCAAGUUACAAUCUAUUCAGGUGGUUUCAGGAACUGCAGAAAUGGCAACAGCUACAGUCAAAUUGAUAGACACAUUGGCGGGUAAUGGUAAUAAAGAGUUAAUGGAUGCAGCUAUUGGACGAACUGGGCCAAUAAUGGCUGUAUUUGGUGCUAUUCAACGUUUAGUUCAACGAAAAAUUAGAUUGUUAAAUUAUGAAGUUCGUGCAGUAUCAGAAGGUAUAGAUGCUUUGGGAAAAGUAGUAGUUAAAGUAACUGAAGAUGUUGAUUCGUCGGGAUUAGAUGAGACAAAAAAUUUAACAACAAAAACAGCGAUAGAUAGUGUUUUUAAGCCUAAAAAUACAUAUCUAGGUCGUGGAACUGAUGCAGACGUGGUCAUAGCCAGUGCCAAGGCUUACGUGAAUGCUAUUAAUAGAAUGUUUGAGGGAGAACUUGUUUCUGAUAAAAGAAGAAGUCGUUUGGAAGAAAGAAAAGCAAAUCUAUAA